ACAACACUUCAACUUUGCUAAGCGCCGCUAUAAAAGUGCUGUGAGGAGGGGCGGGGAUAACCCUAUCUAUCCCUCUUCCUGGUGUGGUAUGCGUUUGUCUUCCCCCGACGACAUGUCCUGGGGACGUUUCUGCUUGUGCCUAUACGACACCUCUGUUUCACUAAGGUCCACACCCCUCGCCUUUAUUAGCACAUCGCAGUCAUAUGAACUAUGAGUUGUCGAUUUGUGAAGGGCGCACCAUUUACGCACUUUCAGGUUAAGAGGAGGUGCUGCUGGUGUGGGUGCCUCACUGUAUGACCUUGAGAAUGGCUAUUCACUGGAUGUGUCCUUAAAUUUUGCACUAUUACCUUGGAGCUGAAAACAAUCUUCCAUUACGUGGCUACGUUUAUUACAGUGUGCGCAUCGUAAAGAUGUUUUUUGUUUAUAAAUCAGGUGGGGAGGUGCAAUCGGAGGUAAGUGUGUUGCAUAAGGAGUCUGGGAGGGGGACAUGUGUGCCAUCUGAGGCAUCUGACGUCAAGGGUUGCCGUGACGUCACUGAGGGCUGCGGCAUUAAAUUUCCCGUAGCCCGGGGACAGAGCUUAUUUGCGUACUCCACCAUAUCCAGGAGUGGUUCAUACUGUACUUCUUGUGCCCGGCUAUAUAGAGGACGACGGACGGAAAGCAGAAAACUUAUUAGAUCUAUCAACGUUUCCACAUUGUCCGCUGACAUAUUACCCUGAUCGUCGUACCAAUCUGAGGUCCAGAAUGUCGCUUGCAUGUCCUGGCGAACCUCGCCUGCGAUGUCGACAGCGUAUCCCCGGUGUACAUCCAUCCAUCCAUCCAUCCAUCCAUCCAUCCAUCCAUCCAUCCAUCCAUCUGAAGAUCAAUUGAAGGUGGCCCAGCUGUGACCUACCCCUCCAAAGAUCUCAAUUACCCCCCAAAGAUCUCAAUUACCCCCCAAAGAUCUCAAUUACCCCCCAAAGAUUCCACUUAACGUUUGCUUAAAUUUCUCAUAAUCAUGGCUCUGCAAACCAAAUGCAUUUAAACGACCCAUUUAUAUAAUAUGUUCUGUUGAUGAGACAGGGGGGCCAUUACACCACAGGUAUACUAAUUCCCAAAUGAGUAUUUGCGGUUUUGGCUUUUCUUGGGUGUUACCCAAGAUCCCAUUUAAGUAAUCUAAUGUUAUCUCCUCUGGUUACAAGUACAGUGCUGGGGUUGCCUUACCCAAACAAACAUGAAAACUAUCAGCCUGAGACCACGUUCCCCUCCCCCGAUGCAUCAAUAUGGAUCUUGUCUUUAUACUCCAGUAACAACCAAUUUUAGGCAUCAACUGUAAAGCAAAUAAUGAAUAAAAUGUAUGAUGACCCCAAAAAUGUUAUAAAAGCCACUAAUGUAAAUACUGUGGUGUAAAUACUGUGGUGUAAAUACUGUGGUGUAAAUACUGUGGUGUAAAUACUGUGGUGUAAAUACUGUGGUGUAAAUACUGUGGUGUAAAUACUGUGGUGUAAAUACUGUGGUGUAAAUACUGUGGUGUAAAUACUGUGGUAUAAACACUGUGGGAUUGUAUUUGUAACUCCCAUGAGAAGAGCCGAAUUGGCUUCACCCAGUGGCGUGUAUUCAUAAGAAGCAAGGUAAGCAUUGCUUACCCUAUAACAAUGAUUCCCUUCCAAAUAAAAAUAAUUUAUUUAAUCAACAUAUUAUUUAAUUCAAUCGUGUAUAGCAUUGUGUUAUUUUUUUUGUCCCAGUUAAUUUGUGAAACUUGCAAGACGGGCAUUUUCCGCUUGAAAAUCUAUCCCUCAAGUAAGCAAUAUUCCACUGCAGUACCCUCGUUCCCCCACGCUCACAGCGUCAAUGGUAUGCCAUUGCCAGACGUAAGAUGAGAACAAAUAAUUUAACUUAUGUUCCUCCCCUUUUUCCAAACCCAUGGAAAUAAGGUUCAGAUCAAUUUAAUAACCUGUGGAAAGCAUUCUGAUGCUGGAAUGUCCCCUCAAUAAUAUUUGUUAUUAUCAGUCAGUAUAAUUAAUUGUGCUAGAAAUUUGGACAACGUAAGCACAGCGUCCUCCCUGGUCCCCCUCCCCCACCCCCUAUACUCGCAGCACCGCAGCACCGCAGCAUCGCAGCAUUACCAGUUCAUUAAUUAGUUUUUUCAAUGAUAAAUUCGUAUCCGUAAAUAAUAAUUAUCUGACCUUUUUUAUGUUUCACAGUUUCGUAGACUAUUGGACUCAUUAUCAAAGUACUUCAUUAAUGUCAUUGUCAUUGUCAUUGUCAUUGUCACUUUCAUUUUUGAAUAAUAUAAUAAAUUAAUAAUGGCUAUAAACUUUUUUUGAAUUGAUAGAUUUUGUUUUGAAAGAGAUGGUAUCACUGUAUUAGGCUACGGUCUAUGUCAACACUCAACGUAAGAAAUUCAGUUGACUUUCAGAGGUCAUGAUGUGUGAGUGCGACGCAUUUAUUUGGAUUAAUAUACCCCCAAACUGAAAAUGCAGUCGCAGGAGGAGCAAAGUUCAGCAUGUGCAUGCACUGUAUGUGAUCUACUAAAGAAUUCUUUUAGAUCUCGUGACUUUACAAUUAAGAAAGUUAUUGUGGAAAAUGGCAGGCAUAUUCCUAAAUUGAGCAUUAGCUUAAAAGUAAAAAACUGUGUUCGAAAAUUUAACAAUCAAAUGUACAUGAUCAAUGACUGGCUUGCUGGAUGUUCUAGUGCACAAAGAGUUUAUUGUUGGGCAUGUCUUCUUUUUUCAAAUGAUAAAAAUGUAUGGAAUACUUACGGAUAUAAUGAUUUGUCAAAUGUACAUAAAGCAGUAAAAAAGCACAGCCUAUCAGAAAGUUACUUGCAGGCUGUAAUAUCUGAAAAAACUUUUGGUAAAGCAAGGAUUGACUAUAUGUUGAGUGAUCAAAAGAGAGUUCGUGACAAUCAACAUAAUCAGCUUGUUAAAAGGAACAGAGAAAUCAUGAAACGUUAUAUUGAUACAGUAUGUUACUUAGCAAAAACAGAGCAAGCAUUUAGAGGUCAUGAUGAGGCCACUAGUUCAGUAAACAAAGGCAAUUAUGUCGAAUUUAUUGACGUGCUAAGCAAAUAUGAUGGACAGUUAAGAGGCUUCCUUGACAAUGCUACAACUUUCAGUGGACUGUCCAAUUUAAUACAAAACGACCUCAUAGAAUCUGUGUCAUAUGUUAUGCUUGAUGAAAUUAAAAAAGAGAUCCAACAUGCAAAAUUCAUUUCAGUAAUGCUUGAUGAAGCCACUGACAUUACCAAUUUAUGUCAGUUGUCAUAUGUGUUUCGGUAUUCAUUGGAUAACAAGGUAUAUGAACGGUUCUUAGGGUUUGAAAACGUCUCUCAAGAUAGAACAGCAGAAGCACUUUACACAUUUGUUACAAAUUUUAUGCAAAAAUAUGAAUGUGACAGCCAAAUAGUUGCUCAGACCUAUGAUGGUGCUGGUGCUGCUGCUGCUGCUGCUGCUGCUGCUGUCAUGGCUGGGGAGUUGAAUGGCCUGCAGUCAAGAGUUAAGGGAAAAUAUCCAACUGCUUUAUUCAUACACUGUUUUGCCCACAGACUGAAUUUAGUUUUAUCACAAGCAAUGGCAAAAAUAAGUAAAUUCAAAGUAAAUGACCACGAGAAAACUUCAGAAAGUGUCAGCCACUCGUUGGAAUUAUGCAUCAAGAAUAGUUGAAACUGUGUUUGAGUGUAAAGAAUCAAUCCCUUAUCGCUGUAUUCGAGAAAAUGAGAGAUACCGAAUCUGAGUGGGAUCAAGAGUCAUAUAACCGUGCAGGGGGAUUUUUAUCAUCGAUGACUGAUUUUAAUUAUUGCUUUCUCUUAAAUCUUUUUGCAUCAUUUUUCCCAUUGUCAGAUACACUUUUUGAUAUACUGCAAGCAAAAAUUCAUGAUGGUUAAUGUGUCAGAAAAGUGAAUGAUUUUCGCCUGGCUUAGGAACAGAAGAGAGAAGAGUUUGAGAACAAUUGGGAAACAACAAAGAACUGUGAUCACAUAAAUGAAAAUGAACCCAGAUUUAAGAGACAAAAAGUAAAUGUUGAUGUGAAGACGUCAUUCUCACGACUUUAUGUAGAAAUAUAUGACACGAUACUUAACCAGGUUAAUAUCAGAUUUGCAAAUUUGGAUUCAUUAAGAUUCUUAGAGCUGUUACACUCUCCAUCAUUCUGUGAGUUUACUAAGUUUUGGCAUUUCCAGAGCUUGCUUUUCAAUUGCUGAAGUGUAGCUAUGAUAAAUUCUUUUAUUUUUUAGCACUGAAAUCGCAACUUAGAGUUGUUUACAUGUCAGAGGAAUUCAAAGAUAAAACUAUAAAAGAAAUUUUAAGAUUUAUAAAGCUGAAUGACUUGGAAAAGGCUUACAAUGAAGUAUCAAGACUUUGUGAAUUAAUUUUAACAGUUGCAGCAACGACUGCAUCUGUAGAGCGCAGCUUCUCUGCUUUGAAGCGAAUUAAAACUUACUCAAGAAAUUCUCAAGGUCAAGAAAGAUUGCAAAGUUUAGCCCUUCUAUCAAUUGAAAAAUAAUUAUUGCAUAAUCUUGAGAGCAAGCCAGAAUUUUACAUCAAAGUUACUGAUCCUUUUUCUCGUAAGCCAAGAAUAAUUCCAUUGAACUAUGUUUAAAAUGGUAAGUUAAAAUAAUAUAUUGUUAAUUACUUCCUAUUUUAUAAAUAUGCUAAAUGAAUAAUAAAAUGAUAUUAGUAUUCUUACUCCAGCUUCAUCAGAGAUCUUACCAGCGUCAUUUGCUUACCCUAGCAUUUUUCUCACGACACGCCACUGGCUUCACCAUAAGUUAACUAGUCACAACUGGCUAACACCUGUUAAAAUGACAAUUUAUAUCCCACUGCCAUAAUUGUUUAAUUAUCUAUAAAUGCGCGAUAUUGUGUAGCUUUAAAUUUGUUAGGGAAAUUUUCCUUUCCCAGAGAAUUAAAAUAUAAUCGAAGACAUGAUUUGUUUUUUGUCAAUGUUUUAAUCCCACCCAAUUUGAGUGUUUAUUGAUAAUUAAAACGUCACCAUCGGACACAUGAAGCGGUUAUGUUAGGAUUCGCCCAGAUACACUGACGCAAAUGGAAAGAAUAUUUAAAUCAAUAAACGUAAAUUGUACAUUAAAGUUCCCAAAAUGUGUAAAAAUUUAAUUAUAAUACUGCAAACUGUAAUGUAACCCUAAAUAAAACAUAAAUGAAAGGAAACAAAUUGUCCCCCAAUCUAAAUGACCCCAAAGCCCACCUUUGUUAAUAUAGUACAUGACUAAUCCGCCAUGGCUGCUUCGUUGUUUUCUGCUGCUGUAUCAUGUCACGUCCAGAAAAUAUCUUCAAUAUCACCACAUAGUCAGUUUAUUUGUUUAAUGUACCUGUGAAGUUAGGGAGGGUGGGUAGGUAGGUAGGUAGGUGAGUAUGGUUAUGUCUGUCCUUCGUAGCCACCAAUGUUAAGUAGCUUAUAUAUACAAAACAGUGUCCACUGGAAUAUAACAGUGAAAAUCUGACGUUUUCCUAAUAGUUCUCAACCGAUUUUGGCCUUUCGUUAUUUGUACAUAAUUACCCCCACCUCAAAUGGACGGCAAGAAUAGUAGAACUACCUUGAACGUUACCAAUACGAAUGUAAAAUAUGACCAAAUUUUCUGAAACUCGAAGAAAGACUAAAUAUUAUUUGAAAAUAUGAAUAAAUUUUAAGAAUUUACGUAAGAUACGACUUGUAUAACACGAUAACAUAAGGUUGUUGUUACCGGUUGCUCCGUUAUCUUUCAUGAUUAAGAAGACCUAUACUUUAUUGUGGCAUUGAAUUAAUCAAAGAAAAGUAACGUGACCCAAUUAUUAUAAUUCAUAAAACUAUUUUAAAAGAAUUAAAGUACAGAAAAGUAACAAUUCCCAAGCGUAAAGUGACGUUUACUCCACAAGUAAGCAAACUUAACAAACACAGAAGUAACCAAUAUUCAACACGAAAGUAAUAUAUACCUCAAACGAUCGAAUUAUUUCCUUUACACUGUUCCAUUCAAUUAUGUUUUUUCAAAUGCCAAGUAGGUGGAUGACCUAAACAUUCAUUUUACCAAAUUGAUGAUGAGUAAAUCAAAAGCAUUAGUCUACCGGGUAUUUGGAGUUACAAAUUCAGACUCCGUAAAGUUCAAAUGACAUUCACUUCAUGAUAGAUGUUUCACCCUACACACUGAAGCUACUUUAUGUAAGAGGACAAAAUAAGCACCAAAUUGUAUUGUUUAAUACCCAAAGAAGUCAUUGAUCCUAAUAUUUAAUAACAAUUUUUGAGGUAUUACGACCUGGUGGUCGGGACGGAAGACCGUCUUAGGUCCAGGAGAGACUGUAAUACAUUUUCAUAAUUAAACUCGUUGUAUCUCACCUAAAUCACCUAGUUGCUCCACUCAAUUAUAGGUAGAUGUAAUAAAUAUAGAAACUAUUCACCGGUAUGACUCCAUUUUUCGUUAAUUGUUUUUAUAUUAAAAUUCUUUGACAUUCAAAGAUAAUGAAAAUAUAAUUCUUCAUUAAAUGAGAUAUGCGUACAUUCUAUUGAUGACACCAGAAAUAUGUCAGACUUGACUAAUUAACUGUAACCAGAAAAUAACUUAAGUGAAGUAGUCCUUAAUCCAACAUUAAAAUAUGAAAGACAGUAAACAUUGUUUGAUCUACUGAACUUUAGGGACCCCCCCUGGAGCAACCAACUCAUGGUUUAAUGUAAGUUCAGGCUUAUCAUUGAUCAAAUGAACAUUUUCUAUACCCUGGAUCAAGUAAACAUUAGGGACGUCAUGGGUAAAUCGACUUUUCUGACUACCCUGGAAGUACUUCACUUUAGGCCACUCAUGGAUUAACUUAAUUUUCUGCUUGCCACUGUGUAAUAAGAAAUGUUUCAUCUCCCUUAUUGAAAUGUGUACAUACAGUAGUGAAAAAUGUUUGUGAAUUAUGCAAUUGUUAUUUAAAUUAACGUUUUUGUGUAUUUUCUCAUAUAAUUUGUUUUAAUUGUAGCCUACUUGUGAGAGGUAGCUAAAUGUUGACUUUACAGGGGACAAUAAUUUAGUCCCCCUUAGGUUUAUGUUAUCUACUCGUAUUUUGCUGUCAUUGUUUAAUGACGUUAGUUUCUUGUACUAGUUAAUAGAAAAUAAUCCCAAUAAAUCCAUAGCUGGUUGGCGUAUUGUAAAUUGCUCAAACGUAAUAUUAACUUACCUUUUGCCGCCAUGAGGACACAGUAUCAAAUGUAACUCCUCCCAAAGGCCAACUGUUAUUGAAAUCGCGUGAGCGUACAAGAGACGGCCGGCCCAAUCUUCUUGAUGUUCCAUUUCAUGUUUUAUCAUGUGUUGAAAACAGCCCUGAGACCUUCACACUAAUAAAGAAAUGUACCCUAAUGUUCGAACUUGAUAUCAACACUGAAGACGUUGUACCCAACUAAAUGUCAAAGUGUAACUGACACUGGUGAGGGAUCAGUUGCUAAGGUAUUCUUGCCUCAAACGGUAAUACCGCCACAUUUUCAAUGUUUUGUGAAAUUGUCCUAGUUAAUUUCACUUAGUUAUAGUUGACACUGAUCUUAUGUAUUAACGGAACAAAUUUUGGUUGUCCUAGUUUUAGUUUUGUGUUGUGAAAUAGUUAUGUUAUUGGUAGAUGUUGUAAUUUGUAUUAUUUUAAUUGGUGAUUUGUGUUGUUGUGGGGUUCCGGCUCAUAUAUUAUUAAUGUUUGUAAGAAUUAUAUAAAGGUUUGUUCAUUUACAUUGAUCUCUAUUCGUUUUGUGAAUGAGGUUAGAUGUAACAUUGAUGUUUUGUGAUGAAAUGAAGCUUUAAUUUGCUGAAAUACAUACCAAAUUCGUUUUUUGUAUUAGUUCCUGUUUGUAAUGUCUACUUAUUGGCAUAUGUCCUGAGAUUAUGUGCGUUUGUCUACUAUUACUGUAUGUUAUUUGUUUUAUGCAAUCUUUUUAGAUAUGUUAUCAUGUGUAUAAUACAAAAUGCCAAAUUUUGUUGGGUGUUAGGUUGUUGGAGAGCCUGUGUGUAAUGAAUUAGUUUGAGAUACAAAAAGAUUGUGUGGUAACUUUUGAAGCAAUUGUUACCAACUAAGGGUUUACUUCCCUUGUGAGAUACUCACCGAAAAUCUGGUUUGAUUGAGUUGGCAAUAAGAAAAGUGUUUUUGUAUGUGAUUUUACUAAUAUUUGAGGGCAAUUUUAAAUGACAAAUGUAUAAUAGUAUUUGUA